AUGGAGGCGAGCGCAGAAGCCCUACGACGCCACUGCCUUCUCCGCAGCGCGGGCGGGGCGGGACGGGGCGAUGUGACGCGUUGCGCAAGCGGCAGGGGCAGGGCUGCUGUACCGCCUGACUCGUCAGCUGACUGGCGUCUUGGCGCCGCGCCGCGCCGCGUCGAGGCCGUCCGGACACACCUCCGCGCGCUGCCACGCCAUUGGCUGGAUGUUCGCCUCGCCGCCGCCGCCAAGCUGUCGGACGCCCGCGCUGGGUGUGCCGCCGUGGCUUGUUCGCUGUUCGGCUCGGCAGAAGGGAAAAAUGAUUCCCGGAAUUGUUUCUCGGGACUCAAUCGACGUCGCGUGGCACAAAGCUUAUUUGGUGGCGUACAUCGGUUUCCACCUCAACUCCAAAGGGAAGUGCUCGCGGAGCCUAGCAACAGACCCGCUCACCUUGGAGGAAGUUCAACGCGUGCUGUAAGGAACCGGCCGGUGCAAUUAAGCGGGCAGAAUUAUAGCAUGGCAACCGACCAGCUGGAGACAUCAGACCCACGCCAUCUAUUCAACCGGCAAGCGUUUGGAUUUUAG